GCCCGCUAUGGAUCUGCCCGUUGGCCCGGGCGCGGCGGGGCCCAGCAACGUCCCGGCCUUCCUGACCAAGCUGUGGACCCUCGUGAGCGACCCGGACACGGACGCGCUUAUCUGCUGGAGCCCGAGUGGGAACAGCUUCCACGUGCUGGACCAGGGCCAGUUCGCCAAGGAGGUGCUGCCCAAGUACUUCAAGCACAGCAACAUGGCCAGCUUUGUGAGGCAGCUCAACAUGUAUGGAUUCCGGAAGGUGGUCCACAUUGAGCAGGGCGGCCUGGUCAAGCCAGAGAGGGACGACACAGAGUUCCAGCACCCGUGCUUCCUGCGCGGCCAGGAGCAGCUCCUUGAGAACAUCAAGAGGAAAGUGACCAGCGUGUCCGCCCUGAGGAGUGAGGACAUGAAGAUUCACCAGGACAGUGUCACCAAGCUGCUGACCGACGUGCAGCUGAUGAAGGGGAAGCAGGAGAGCAUGGACUCCAAGCUGCUGGCCAUGAAGCAUGAGAACGAGGCCCUGUGGCGGGAGGUGGCCAGCCUGCGGCAGAAGCACGCCCAACAGCAGAAAGUCGUCAACAAGCUCAUCCAGUUCCUCAUCUCGCUGGUGCAGUCGAACCGGAUCCUGGGGGUGAAGAGAAAGAUCCCGCUGAUGCUGAACGACGGCAGCUCCGCGCAUUCCAUGCCCAAGUACGGCCGGCAGUACUCCCUGGAGCACAUCCACGGCUCGGGCCCCUACUCGGCUCCGUCCCCGGCCUAUAGCGGCUCCAGCCUCUACCCCUCAGACGCUGUUGCCAGCUCCGGACCCAUCAUCUCCGACAUCACCGAGCUGGCCCCCGGCAGCCCCUUGGCCUCUGCGGGCGGGAGCGUAGACGCGCGCCCCCCGUGCAGCAGCCCCCUGGUUCGAGUCAAGGAGGAGCCGCCCAGCCCACCGCGGAGCCCGCAGGCAGAGGAUGCCAGCCCCAGCCAGCCGUCCUCCGUGGUGGAGACGCCCCUGUCCCCGACCGCCCUCAUUGAUUCCAUUCUGCGGGAGAGCGAGCCUGCGCCGGCCGCCUCGGCCCCGGCCCUCGCCGAUGCCGGGGGCCGCCCCCCCUCGCCCCGGCCUGCCUCGGCCCCCGAGAAGUGCCUCAGCGUAGCCUGCCUGGACAAGACCGAGCUCAGCGACCACCUGGAUGCCAUGGACUCCAACCUGGACAACCUGCAGACCAUGCUGACGAGCCAUGGCUUCAGCGUGGACACCAGCACCCUGCUGGACUUGUUCAGCCCUUCGGUGACGGUGCCUGACAUGAGCCUGCCCGACCUUGACAGCAGCCUGGCCAGCAUCCAGGAGCUCCUCUCUCCCCAGGAGCCCCCCAGGCCUCUUGAAGCAGAGAGCAGCAGCCCCGACUCAGGGAAGCAGCUGGUGCACUACACGGCCCAGCCCCUGCUCCUGCUGGACCCGGGCUCCGUGGACGUGGGGGGCAGCGACCUGCCGGUGCUCUUCGAGCUGGGAGAGGGCUCCUACUUCUCCGAGGGCGAUGACUACGCAGACGACCCCACCAUCUCCCUGCUGACGGGCUCUGAGCCCCCCAAAGCCAAGGACCCCACUGUCUCCUAGAGGCCCAGGAGGGCGGCCAGCCUGCACCCCACACCCCCA